CUGAGUUUUGUUUAUAAAUACGGACCUGGGUAAAUUGAUCUGCAGAACAUGAACAUAGCCUAAUAAAAGAAUAAAAAAGAGGGUCAACUUCCAUGCUGUCACUUGCCACAUGUCACUCGUUCGUAACUAUGUUCAUGUUAGAUUGUGAACAUCAACUUUACGUUUGUUAAAUAAAAAAAUUUUUAACAACUUGUAUAGCUUAUAAUUCCCACAAUGGAAACUAUUUUAGAACAACAACGACGUUACCAUGAAGAAAAAGAAAGACUAAUUGAUGCAAUGGUCAAAGAAAUGCUUCAUAAAAAGAAUACAUAUAGAGAAGCCAUAAACUCAGACCACCGUCAAAAAUAUCUCCUGGAUCGAUAUAUGACUUCUACGGAAAGACUUAUAGAUCUCUAUGAAGACAAAGAUGGUCAGCGUAAAGCUGAGGUUGCAGCUCUUACAGGACCAAAUGAGUUUAAUGAAUUUUACAACAGGCUGAAGCAGAUUAAAGAUUUUUACAGGAGACACCCAAAUGAGAUAAGUGUUCCAAUGUCAGUAGAAUUUGAUGAAUUUGCAAAAGCUAGAGAAAAUCCUAAUGAAGAUAUGGCUAAUUUCGUAGAAUUCACUGAUGAAGAAGGUUAUGGAAAAUAUUUAGAUCUGCAUGAAUGCUAUGAAAAAUAUAUAAAUCUGAAGGGAAUAGAGAAACUCGACUACAUUACUUACUUGGGCAUGUUUGAUCAACUGUAUGACAUUCCUAAAGAAAGAAAAACUGGUGAAUACAGAAAAUACCUGUUAUGUCUCAUUGAAUAUCUAACUUGGUUUGUUCAACGUAUUAGACCUUUAAUGGAUCUUGAUGCUGAUUUAGAAGAACAAAUUGAUCAGGUUUUGUCUAAUUGGGAUACUGGUACUGUUCCAGGAUGGCCAAAAGAAACUGGUUCUGCUUUAACAAAUGUUGGGGCCCAUUUGGAUCUUUCUGCAUUUUCAAGUUGGGAAGAAUUAGCUUCUUUAGGCUUGGAUAGAUUAAAAUCUGCCCUUAUGGCAUUGGGACUCAAAUGUGGAGGGACUUUGGAAGAAAGAGCUCAAAGGUUAUUUUCAACCAAAGGAAAGGGUUCACUGGAUCCCUCACUUAUGACAAAGAAUAGUAAAAAUAGGAUUACUAAAGAAAAAGAAAUCUCAAGACACAGAGAAUUGGGUACAUUAGAAGCUCAAAUUUACAGGUUGGCUGACCUAGUCUCAGCUCAGAGAGCAGCCACUAAAGAAAAUGUUCAAAGGAAACAAGCUCGUACAGAUGGUGAACGUGAUGACAGUGAAAAUGAAGAAAGUGAAGAUGACAGUCCUGAUGAAGGAGAUGAUGAUGUACCUUAUAAUCCUAAAAAUCUUCCACUUGGUUGGGAUGGAAAACCUAUUCCUUAUUGGUUGUAUAAGCUUCAUGGAUUGAAUAUAAGUUACAAUUGCGAAAUUUGUGGAAAUUAUGUUUACAAAGGUCCAAAGGCCUUUCAAAGACAUUUUGCAGAGUGGAGGCAUGCUCAUGGAAUGCGUUGUUUGGGUAUACCCAAUACAGCACAUUUUGCAAAUGUUACUCAGAUUGAAGAUGCUUUAGCCUUGUGGGAAAAAUUAAAAGUACAAAAACAAAGUGAAAGAUGGCAACCAGAAACUGAAGAAGAAUAUGAAGAUUCUCAGGGAAAUGUGGUAAAUAGGAAGACUUAUGAAGAUUUAAAGAGACAGGGAUUGUUAUAAAUAUUUAUGUAAAUUAAUUAUCCUUAAGAAUUACAAUACAUUUUAUUAUUUUUUUUUUUUAAUAAAGGCAUUUACCAAAUAUUAAUGAUUACUGAUUAAAAAGAAUUUACCAAAAAUUACACCUAAAAUUCAAAAAUGUUAACAAUGUUGGAUACUGUUAUGACAUUCAUUUUGAUUUAUAUGUUAACCACAUCCUCCUUUACUGCAAGCACUUCUUUUUUGUGGUUUAUAAUUUGUAGAACUGCCACUACCCAUCAAUGGAUUAUAUUCUA